AUUUCAAACUUAACAACAACAUUAAGGUUAUGUUGUUGUUUUGGUAGGCUUUCCGGUCGUUGUCAUUUGUAAUUUAUUUUGUGGAAAAUUUGUGUGUAAAUUAUAAAUAAAAUGGAGCGAACUGCCCCAAUGGAAAGGAUCCAGGUGCUGGAUUCGAUUGAGAAGGAAAUAAUAACUUGUUUGCACAGUGCAAGCCAAGUAUUCCUGGAACUUAGCAAGGAAAAAUCCAGCUUGAAACAGGCGGAGAACCACACGCAAAUGUUCCUUAAAACUUUGAGUGCUGUUGAAAGCAAACUAACAGAUCAAAUCAAUUACCUAACCCAAGUAUCUACUGGUCAACCACACGAGGGCUCAGGAUAUGCCUCACAAAAGGUGCUGCAAAUGGCCUGGCAUAGAUUGGAACAUGCUAGGUCUAGAGUAAAUGAACUGGAUAGAAUUAAAGUGAGACACAUGCAAGGAAGAACUUCUGGAAGGUCUGCUCAACAACCAAAUGGUGCUCAAAUGUCCACUGGGACUGUGUCAAAUAUGAAUCCGGGACCAGGAACAUAAUUUAAUUUAUUAUUAAUUAAUUAUUUUAAGUGUAUGUAAAUGGUAUCCUUGUUUUAUAACUGUAUUGGUUAUUUUGUCAAUUAUAAAUAAACAUUUUUAAUUAAAUUUAAA